GUUUGAAGUUUUAAGAUUUCAAUUCUGUAUAUCAUAAAACAUUCUACAUUAAUUUAUUUGAAUAAACUUAAAUUUUGAUUUUGUGAAUAAAUAUACUUAAGUAAUUAACAGAAUGAGGCGUACAUACAAGUCAAAAAAGGAAAUAGGUGGAGCUUUAGACCACAGAGAUAUGUUGUUUGCAAUGGAUGAGAAAAGUUCGGCUUUUGACGCAUUUUAUAUUCAAAAUAUUAAACAAACUGUGCGAGAAUUGUCGUCGAUAAACACAGCAAAUCAUCACGGGUUUACUGCAAACAAAGUACGAAAGAGAAAAUACGUAAAACGAAUUCAUAAAGAUAUAGAAUCUACCACACAUCGGGAGUCUCUAGCUGGAUCUGCAUUUCUUACACCGGACAAAUCUAUACGUGUUAAUAAAGUGCUUGAUCCAUUCGACCAAUUAUUAAACACACCGUCGAGAAAUAAUGACUCGUUGCAGGUCAAAAAAGAUAAUUUGUUUGAUAAACUUCAGAACAAAGGAAAAACCUAUUGUAGAAAAAAAGUUCCUAAAAUAAAAAAAUAUUCAAGCAGUGACACAACAGAUUCAGAUAAAGAGAACACUAUUAAAGAUUGCAAGUCACAAAACUUAACUGAUAUUGGAAUGCAUGAGUUAGUAAUAGAAAAAGAUAAAAAAUCUAGCCCUAAACAUUUUGAUGAAUCUAUAAAUAACAUAGUAAAAAAUAUGUCUAUAUUGAAAAGUCCUAAUGCCAGAACAAAUUCUAUUGGAAAACCAAAAUAUUUAAAAUACAAGAAAAAUAGACUUACCCUGAAUAUUCAGUCACCAUUAUUACAAAAUUCACCUAUGUGUAGUACACCAUUUAAAGAGAAAUAUAGAGGUGCAUCUAUCUAUAAUUUUUCUCCAAUUAGUACAAAAAAUAAUGAGGAUAGCCCAACCUUUAUGCCUAUAUAUGAAGAGAAUAAAGAAAAAUAUUGUAACAUAUAUUUAAAGGAACAGAAUGAUAAUAAAUUCUUAUCACAAGCACAAGAUAUUGAUGUGCAAGUAUCUCCAAUUCUUAUGAAGACUGUUAAUAGCAUAAAAAAGAUUUCUCCUUUGGCCAAUGUUUCUUCAUCUCCUAUUGAUUAUGUCUCUACUUUCCAAUCAAUAAAAAAUAAACAAGAUCAUCAUCUUGUAGUUGAAGUUCCACCAGAUGAGGCUUUAGUACCAAAUUGUUCAUUAGUAAAUAAGAAAAAAUCUCAAGAAAAUGCUAGUAAUAUCUUACCUGAAAUAGACAAUAUAAAUAAUGAAGAUAAUAUAUCUAGCAUUGAACUUAGCUCUUUUCAAAUAACGUCAGAACCAUUUUUAGGGUUUUCUAACAAUAAAUCUCUAGACAAAAGCAAUGUGAGCAAUAAUAACGAUUCAUAUGUAAAUAAUUUAAAGACUAGUACACCCUGUGAAAUUUUCAAUAUUGUUGAUAUUUUAUCUGAAAGUGAUAAUGAUUCUAAAUCUGAGGAGAAUAAAAUGUCCAAGAGUUUAUGUAGUGUAAGUAGUACUAGCAAAGACAACACAUCAUUGAGUUCACAAGAAAAUGAAUCUAUGUAUGAUACAUGUGAUAGUGGUGAACUUCAAGAUGAAGAUUCGAGAGAAUCAUUAGUCCAUGAACCAUUAGUCGUUUUACAGAGAAUGAAUGAUUCUGUCUUCCAAAAAUAUUUUGAAUUAAUGCCAAAUUAUGAUGAUAGAGAAAUUAGUGAAAACAGUUUUGAUAAUAUUGAUAAUGAUAGCAAAGGUAGUUAUCAAGAAUAUGCUAGUCUUGAAAAUGAUAAUUCAUCAAAUGAUCAUUCCUGUACAUCGCAAAAUAUAGAUAAUAAUAAUUUGUGUGAAGUUAAUACUGAAACUGAGUCAGAAGAUUCAUCCGAUGAAAAUACAAUAGAUUUAAAUACUAAUACAGAAGAGGAAAGGUGUAUAAGUUUUGUCACAACAAGAAGGCGAAAUGAAGUUACAAAUGAUUCUAUAUUUGUAUUGAAUGAUUCAUAUAGCAGUACAAGUAGUAUUGAUUGUGAUAAAUCUGUACUUAGUAAUACAGUUAGAUUUGAAGAAAAGCUAAAAUUAGAUAACAUGCAAAAUUUGCCAAUGGCUAAAGAUUUCUUGUAUGAAGCUAAAAACUCUGAUAAUAAUAAAGUUAUUGAAAAUAGGUCAUGUCAUUCCAAAUAUGAUGAAUCUAAAAUAUCCAUAACCACAGCUACGAAAACGGAAAGUAUAAGAGACAGUAUGUCGAAUGUUUCUCUAGAUGGUAGAAAAAGUAAUUUACAAAACAAACCAUCCAUAGUCUUGCAGCCAGGAAAGAAGUGGGAAAGGUCCUUGAGCAUUUAUAGAAGAAUAACAAUGGUUGGCUCUGAUCACUCUCUUUUAGAAGAAGAGCCUCUUCGUACUAAAGGAAGGAAAUAUAGACAAAGUGUCAUCAGUACUAUAGAAAUGCAAGAUUUGUCAGAUUCACUACACAAUGAAUCAAUUAUUAGCCGUAGAAGUACUUUUGUUUCCAAACCAAACAGAUGCACAAUUAGGAUUGUAAAGGAAGCUAAUAAUCCCAGACUUAGUGUAUGUUCAACUGGAAUAGAAGAUUUGGGAGGAUUUCUGACCGAAGACUGUGAUGAUACGAUUAUUGAGUUAUCAAAACUAUCGAUCGCCGAUUCGGAACCCGAGGUCACUGUGCUAGAGCAUUUCCAUGAUACAACGGGCCGCGUAGCUACUGCCAGAGACUACGUGUUGCGACGCUGCAAUCAAACAGAAGCAAUACUGUUUGAUGAAUGCUAUCCAGAUCCGGUGCUGAAGAAUUGCCGCAAGAUCGGCGAAGGCGUAUACGGGGAGGUGUUCCUGUGGCGUGCUGGAGAUGGCCGCGCUCGUGUGAUGAAGAUAGUCCCCAUCGCUGGCACCACGAAGGUCAAUGGAGAACACCAGAAGGAUUUCAACGAGAUCAUAUCUGAGAUUGUGAUUGCUAUGGAAUUGAGCGCACUACGCGCUCCCAUAGCUGAUAUCGAACGCCAUUUUGAUGAAGGGAAAGACGUCGAAGCAUUGGAUUUACAUUCUGUAGUGAAUGCCACUGACAUUUUUAAUGAGGUACUAGCCGUAAGGUGUGUAUACGGCGGCUACCCAUCUCGCUUGCUUGACUUAUGGGAACUGUACGACGAGUGCAAAGGCUCUGAGAACGACAAUCCGGCCAUACUGCCCGUAGACCAGCAGUACAUUGUGCUGGAGCUAGCCAACGCCGGCCAGGACCUAGAGAGCUACCAGUUCAACAGCGCUGAACAGGCACACGCGCUGUUCUUGCAAGUGGCCUUUGGUUUGGCGGUAGGAGAGGAGAGCUUCCAAUUCGAGCAUCGUGAUUUGCACUGGGGGAACGUGCUGAUCGCUCCUACUGAUCAGAAGUACGCGACCUUCGUGCUGGGCGGGCGGGCCCACCGCGUGCUGCGGUGCGGCGUGGCGGCGACCAUAAUAGACUACUCGCUGUCGCGGCUCUCGUUGCCGCUGGCGACCGACUGCGCGGCGCUGUACAACGACCUCGCCGCCGAUGAAUCGCUGUUCGAAGCCGUCGGCGACUACCAGUUCGAGGUGUACCGCCUCAUGAGGGAGAAGUUGGGCAAUGAUUGGAAGAAUUUCGAGCCAUACACAAAUAUACUGUGGCUGCAUUACACUGUGGAUAAAAUGAUAACGGCCCUCCGGUACAAGAGGACUAACACGAAGAUUCACAAGCACUACAUAGCCAAGCUGAAGGGAAUCAAAAACAGGAUCCUCGAGUACCGAAGCGCUGCACAAUUUGUACUUACAGACAACGAAUUUUAAACGAACAAAUUAUGAUAAUAGGACAUUCAUUAUUGAAAAUUGCGAAGGAAAUUUAAUAUUUUUCUCACUAGUAAUUAAUUAAAUAAUUAAAUUCAAGAUGAAUCUAGUUGUUAGCACUGUUUGCUGUUGUUAUAAAAACAAUAUUAUGACGAUAAAUUGCAUAAAUUCAAAUGUAAAUAGUUUUUGCUUUGGGAUAUUUGUUAAAGUUAUAGAAGUUAAAAUGAUUAUUUACAAUACAUUACAACAAUAUCUGCUGAAAGGUGCCUUCUUAGCUAGGCUAGUGCCUUUAUUCACAAUACUAAUAAAUGCAUACAUCAUAUUUAACAUAA